AACUUUAAACACUAUAAAAGUGAUCAAAUCAUGCCCUAUUUUCUACAUGUAAAUGAGAAAAAUAUGACUCAAAUUCUCAAGUUUAUUUAUGUUAUGAUUCUAUUUCUUUUUCUAUUUCUUGUUGCAACAUACGCCGAUGCACAUGACGAAUGUAAUAGUGAUGACGAUUGUAAAAAGAGUAUCUGCCUCUUUCCUUUUGUUUAUAAUAAGUGCAUUGACAACAUAUGUGUAUGUGCUGGAGUGAAGCAGCUGAUUGUGUAAGUAUCCAACCAAGAAUAAUGCUAGCAACACACUCUUUAACAAACACAUUCCAACAUAUUUUGUUAAAAAGUGUGUUGCUAGCGCUCCUCAUCCAACCAAAGAGAGUGCACAAAUGUCGUGCACGUCAUACAUUUGGCUGGAAAUAUUCCAUGUACUUCCAUUUAGUUAUUUUGUUGUCACCAAAUAAUUGUAUUUUUAUUUUUCCUUUCAUAAUUUCACACACCUUCCAAUUAUGGACUUGUAAUUUAUAGAUUGUCUUAUUUAAGAAUAAGUGUCUUGUAUUUUUGAAGCUAUAUAUAAUUUUUUUUAUAUGCAAAAAAUUAUUUUAAUUUCAUGA